AUGGACAUCUACAGCCCACUGCGCAGCACGUACGGCUCCAACCCGAACGAGAGCCUCUUGAGCCGCCCGCCCCGGCGCCAUGCCCGGCGCAUGGCCAUCUUCCUCGUCCUCAACGCGGUCGCGAUUGGCGUCAUGUUCGCCUUGGGCGUCGUCAUGCACAGCUCGAUGACGCACUACGACAACGCGCUCGCACACGUCCAAGCGCAGCACACGAGCUUGCAAGCGACCGCACUCAAGCUCGAAGAGGCCUCGGGCCUUCUCAAGGCCGUCGACAUUACCGACAAGAUUCCGCAAUCGCACGCCAAGGCGCCAGCUCCCGCGUCGCUCGAUGCGCAGCUCGCGGAGCUCCGGCGCAUGACGGCGAUCCUCGAGGCGAUGCCACACGCAAUGCUGCCGACCAAGUUUGCGGCCAAGUACAUCACCCCGCACAAGAACCAAGUGCGCCGCGGCACGUGCUGGGAUUUUGCGACGAUCUCGUACCUCGAGUGGUCGUACCGACAACACGGCGUCAUGAAAGGAUUCUUGAACGAGACCGAGUACGUGGCGCUGUCCGAGCAAGCGUACGGGACGCGCGUCAUCAACCUCUGCGCGGGCCCGGUCUCGUCGCCGCAGCAAGUCGUGUGCCGGGUUGCGGGCGACGAGUUUUGGAACAAUUCGACCGAAGGCGGCGAAAGCUCGGCGCUCUUUUACCUCGAAGACGGGCUCAAGGACGCGAUUUUACCCGAGGCGGUCUGCCCGUACAUUGGCGAGCACGGUCCGAACGACACGGUCUGUGACGGCAUGGACGCCGCGCUCCGCACCAACCCGAUCCAGUUUGAAAUGAAGCGCAUGUUUACCUACUACGACGACAUGACGGCCAAGCGCGAACUCGUCAAGCAAGGCGCGGCCUUGGACCUAAGCACGUCGAUCGCGUCCGUGACGCACUACUACCCGUGCAUCGACGCGUUCUAUGACGCGGCCCACUGCGCGCCGUCGUCCUGCACCUUGUGCCCCGCCAGCCUGACGCAAACCACGUGCUGUGUGCCGCAGUUUAGUAUCAAGGCCAUCAACAUGGAGGGCGAGUACCUCCACGACCACUCGAUGACGUACCUCGGCGGCCACGGCAUGCUCAUGGUGGGCUACAACGAUGCCUUCUUGACCCAAGACGGCUACACGGGUGGCUUCAUUUUGAAGAAUUCCUGGGCCGACGGACCGACGCAGGGGUCGCACUCGAUCAAGUGGUGGCUCCAAGACAUCUCGGACUGGGAAGAACGCAUCUUGUGCCCCAACAGCCACAGUCCCAUGAACUUUUAUGCGUGUGGAAAUGCUGCAGUUGUCGGCGCGAAUGCAACGACGACGUCGACGUGGCACGCAGGCUUUGGUCCGUGCAUGGAGCCCAAGAUCGAGAUGUUUGCCAAUGUCUCCAAGCAGCCGCUGCACCUCGACUGCAGCGCCGACAUGUGCCGCGCCAAUGCCACGUACUUUGUCAAGAAUUCGACCGACUAUGGCGACAAAAUGUACAACUUUUGUCUCUGGGAGCUCGAUCACGCGACCAACGCGACGCGCGAUCUCUGCCUGAAACCCAACCGGCUCGACGGGAUCGCCAAGGAGCUCACGCCCCGCGUUGCGUACAUCAACGAUCCGGACCUCUGCGGCUUUUACUUUAUGCCGUACGAGACGCUGCGCGCCUACAACGCGCGCUACAAGGGUCUGCGGAUCCACAGCUUUGACAUGACGUGGGCCGACUCGAGCUUCGUAGCCAACAAGGCGAAGUUUCCGCAGUACGACUAUACGCUGCUCAAGGCGUCGACCAAGACACAGCGCCGUGCGGACUUUCCGGGCCCGUUCCCGUUUGCCGAGCACAUCAAUUUCCACGCAACAUAA